AUGGUAGCUUUUUGUGACAGUCAGCUGUUUUCAGAAGGACUUUUAAAAAAUAAAACAAAAUAUAUUAAUUUUAUAUCUCAGUUGGUUUCAAAAGGUAUUACGACACAUACAUAUACAGAUAGGGCAGAAUUAAUUAUUUCAUUAUUAUUAUUAUUAUUCAUUAUUAUUCCAGUAUUAGAGACAUUUGAGUACAAUAUUUUUUUUGUUAAGUGUGAAACUACACCUAAAACUAUUUGCAAGGCUAUGUUCAGAGAGUUUCCAUCUAUUAUAGAAAGAAGUAGUUGUUUAAAUGAAAAAUGCGAAAAGUUUCAAGAAACAUAUCAACCAAUCUACAUUAUAACAUACAACACUACAAAUGGCAUAAUUAGUGAUCUACAAGAAUUUAUUAAUAAUCAAUUUCAAAGUGAACAAACAGUGUUUAAUUAUACGAAUAAGAUGAAAAAAUCUCAAUGCAGCAGUCAAAGAAUGACAAGGUUUGAAGUAUCCCCAUUAUAUUUACUGAUAGAAAUUUUGUUUUGGAGUGGAGAAAACAUGGAACAAAGUAGUGAGGCUGCACCACAUGUACAAGUUAAAUUAAAAGAUAUUCCUGAAAAUUUACUCCAUAAAUCUACAACCUAUGUUUUAAGAGAGGUUUUAAAUUAUUAUAAAGGAAAAAGCCAGCUCAGAAAUUCAAUUGGUCAUUAUACUGCCUAUUAUAAAAGAGAAGAACGUAAUUGGGAACUGUAUGAUGACCUAAAAAAAAAACCAAAAGAUAUUUAAGAAAAUAUGGUGGUUGCAUGUGAAGAGUUGUUGUACACCAUAUAA